GUGACAUUAGCUUAACUUUUAAAACAAUAUCCUUCCUUGUGCAUUCAUUUUAGCAUGCGAGUGAAAUAGAAAGAAAGAGGGAGAUUUGUGUUUGAAGAAGCAGUUGCUGGCUGCUCUACCUCUAUCUCACCUUUGCUUUCUUAAGAAACAAAAACUAGAGGGAAGUUAGGCCAACGAUUAGCUAAUUAAGCUUCUCUCCAAACUGCUUUUUCCCUUGGCAUCGAAGCAAAGCUGUUUUGGCUUUUGCAGUUGAUUCUUGGUCACCGUCUGAAACCCAACCUUCACCUUCCUGUCAUAUUCUCCCAACCCACUUCUGUUUCUUUUUUCUCUACUAACUUCCUUUAUACACUUCAGUUCUGUGUCUUUGGUGCAUAUUCAGGCCUUUGCUUAAAUACCCACUUGAGUUUUUCAGUUUUUGUGUGAUUGGAGGAUCUUUGUUUCAAGUCCUUUCUGAAGUCAAAAGCUUUGAGAAAAAAGUUCUUUCCUUUUUGUUAUAUUGAGGCCUGUUUUGGUAUUCCUAUUCAGUUUUUGAAUUCUUGGUGUUCUUGGUUUGUCGGUUUUGAGAGAUUUUGCAGUUGGUGCAGAUUAAAUUCUGGGAUUUCAAGAAUUGAAGCUAACAAGACUCAAGAAUUUGGUCCCCUACUAUUCCGCCCAGAUGGUAUUUGAAGUUUUGCGUCACUCAAUUCUUAUGAUCAUCUAAAUCCAUCAAUCAAUUACAAUCUAUUACGAAUUCAUUCCUCUGAUCGCAAUAAAAUAUCUUUGAUUCCUAUAAUAGUCACAUAGAAUCCAUGCUGGUUUUCCUUUUCCAGUUAAUUUCACGCAAAACUUGUGUAAGAUCAUGCUAUUGACUGGUAACUAACUCUUGUAUAUAUUCACCAAACCAGUAUAAUCUCUAUCUUUAGAUCUCAAAUACCAAAAUUUACACCAACAUUCAUAAAUGAAUACCCGGUACUUCUCCACACCAGACUCGUUGUGUAAUUCAGGUACCACAGUUUCAUUUUCAGCAAAUUCUGCAAUAGGAGAGGAUCGUGGGGCUAUGACCACUAGAAAUAGGCCUUCUCGCUCUCCACCUUCUACUUUUUUGAUAAGGAUCGCAAUGAGAAUAUCAAGAGCUAGGUGGUUCACUUUCUUGAGAAGAGUAUUCCACUACCAGAAUGGUUCAAGAUCCAAUCUUGGGUCUAAUCCAUUCAAUUCUAGUACUUGGAUGAUGCUGGAGUUUAUAGCUUUGAUUGUUCAAAUAAGUAUGACGACAAUCACAUUGGCUAUUUCGCAGACAGAGAAACCUGUUUGGCCUAUGAGAAUAUGGAUUGUUGGUUAUGAUAUUGGAUGUCUUCUUAGCCUGCUGGUAUUAUAUGGGCGCUACCGCCAGGUUCAUAUAAAUCAAGGAGAUGGUUUUGGCCUUUCUGAUUUGGAACAGCAAAGAGGCAGUGAGGACUCCAGUCUGUACAGGUACCCACAUUUGAUUAACAAAUGCCGGACUUCACUAGAACUAUUAUUUGCAAUAUGGUUUGUGAUGGGUAAUGUUUGGGUCUUUGAUUCUCGCUUCGGAUCUUUUCACCGAGCACCAAAACUACAUGUGCUCUGCAUCUCUCUGCUGGCUUGGAAUGCUUUAAGCUACUCAUUUCCAUUUCUACUGUUUCUGCUGCUUUGCUGUUGCGUGCCACUCAUUAGUACCGUCCUUGGUUACAAUAUGCAAAUGGGAUCUGCAGAAAGAGGGGCAUCUGAUGAUCAAAUCUCCAGUCUACCAAGCUGGAAAUAUAAAGCAAUCGAAACCAAUUCAGAGCGUAGCAACAGUGUUGAUUGCAAUUCAACCCUUGCAAGUGAAGAUCCGGAAUGCUGUAUUUGCCUAGCCAAGUACAAAGACAAGGAAGAAGUGAGACAAUUACCAUGUUCCCAUAUGUUUCACCUGAAGUGUGUAGAUCAUUGGCUAAAAAUUAUAUCAUGUUGCCCUCUUUGCAAACAAGAACUAGAGAGGUAGAUAGCAAGACAACAACAGAAAGCACAAGUUUUUAUUAGACUUUUUCUUUUUCUUCUUUAAACUGCGAGUGAUUCAUACGUAUUUACAUGGUUUUUGCUAUUUUUCUUUCCCCUCAAAGCCAAGAAAUUAUGUAUAUUUACAUGGUUACUUGAGGGAGUUAUUUGCUUGUACAGUGGUGCUCACCAGUAACCAUAUACCCAUACUAUGUCUUGAGAUAUGUUGGGAAAAUGAUGGACAAGUGCUUGCUUCCCAAGGGUAGCAGAGUCAUUUACUCCUCAAGAAAACCAGAAUUCUGCAUAUCAAUUUUUCACACUGUAAUGGUACUUUGAAUACGUGUACAAAUACAUAAAAUUUCAGUAUAUGCAAUACACUUUGUUUGAUGAGCAA